AUGCUUCCCACAGCUCCCAAACUGGGGAAAAGGCCUGAUGGAGGAAUUCGCCAUGGGGUAGUGACCGGCGUCGCUUUUCCCGGUGGGAAAGCAGUUGCAUUACUGCAAAUCGUGGCAGGAGAAGAUGGCUGUGGAAAGGAAACGUCCCCAGACAUCACUGCACGGAGCCGUGAGGAGCUGCUGCUCCUGUGCAAGGAUGAGACUGGAGGGGACCUCCAAGUCGGGGAAGAGCUCGAUCUGCAUACAAAAUGCGUGGUGGAUGUGGAUGCAAACAAGGUUAUUCUCCAUCCUGUAAACACCAACCUUUCAAAAGGAGAUGCCAGGACCCAACCUAAGGUGUUUGCAUAUGAUCACUGCUUUUGGUCCAUGGAUGAGUCUGUCACGGAAAAAUUUGCAGGUCAAGAUGUUGUUUUCAAGUGCCUUGGAGAAAAUAUUCUUCAGAAUGCCUUCGAUGGCUACAACGCUUGCAUCUUUGCAUACGGGCAGACAGGAUCUGGAAAAUCUUACACCAUGAUGGGUACUGCUGACCAGCCUGGAUUAAUCCCUAGACUUUGUAGUGGACUUUUUGAAAGAGCACAGAAAGAGGAAAACGAAGAGCAGAGCUUCAAAGUGGAAGUGUCCUACAUGGAGAUAUACAAUGAGAAAGUCAGAGAUCUUCUUGACCCAAAAGGAAGCCGUCAGUCAUUAAAAGUUAGAGAACACAGUGUUUAUGGUCCUUAUGUAGAUGGCCUAUCCAAACUAGCUGUUGCUAGCUACAAGGACAUAGAGUCCUUGAUGUCAGAAGGCAACAAGUCUCGGACAGUGGCUGCAACCAACAUGAAUGAGGAAAGCAGUCGGUCCCAUGCAGUCUUCAAGAUCAUCCUCACCCACACGCUUUAUGAUGUACACUCAGGGACGUCAGGUGAGAAGGUGGGCAAGCUGAGCCUGGUUGACUUAGCAGGCAGUGAAAGGGCCACCAAGACCGGUGCUGCAGGAGACAGGCUGAAGGAAGGAAGCAACAUUAACAAAUCCCUCACAACUCUUGGGCUCGUUAUUUCUGCCUUGGCAGACCAGGCUGCUGGCAAGAACAAGAACAAAUUUGUUCCUUAUCGUGAUUCCGUCCUCACUUGGUUACUUAAAGACAGCCUUGGGGGUAACAGCAAGACUGCCAUGGUAGCAACAGUCAGCCCGGCGGCGGACAACUACGACGAGACCCUGUCGACGCUGCGGUACGCGGACCGCGCCAAGAACAUCGUCAACCACGCGGUGGUCAACGAAGACCCCAACGCCCGCAUCAUCCGGGAGCUCCGCGAGGAGGUGGAGAAGCUCCGGGAGCAGCUCACCAAGGCAGAGGCGAUGAAAUCCCCAGAACUAAAAGAACGGUUAGAGGAAUCGGAAAAGUUGAUUCAGGAAAUGACUGUGACCUGGGAAGAGAAAUUAAGAAAAACUGAGGAGAUAGCACAG